AUGGUUUAUUCUAUGCGCAUUGCUGGUGUUUAUGAAACCACUAAUGAACAAGGCAUUCCAGUUGUUGAAGGAUCAAAUAUUCCAGCACAACAAAGUACUGCUGUUGUUGGUGAAGAUGGCUCAACCUCCACCGUUGUUGUUCACUUCUACUCAACUGCUGGCUCAGAUGGAUUAAAUACUGCUCCAACUACUGCUCCAGGUUCACCAAAUGCUUCAGCUGUUCCAGUUUCAGGUAAUGGUGCUACUACUGCUGUUGCAGGUGUCACUAGUGGUUCCCCAUCAGGUACUAAUAACGGUGCUGCUAAUACCCAAUCAGCUGUCACUCAAAGUGGUGCAGCUUCAUCAUCCCCAGCUACUGUCUCAGCCUAUGAAGCAGACUAUUACAAUACUCCAUAUGAUGAUCUUGUGGCUUUAGGUUUCUUAGGUCGUGUUAAGGCUUAUGACUGGCAUUUGGAAUUGAUUGGUUUAGGAUUAAUUGGUGUUUUAGUUUUAUUAUUCCUUUUUGGUUCUCAACAAAAUCAAUCAACUGUUAACACUUGGAUCAAAGGUGUUAGACCAGUCUUAGAUGAAAAUUUUUAUCAAGUUGGUGUUAAAGAAGAUCAAUUAUUGAUUAAAGAUACUCCUCAAACUUUUACUACUUAUGCCUCAGGUAGAGUUAAUAUUAGUGGAUUAUUGAUUAAUUUCGGUUUAGUUUCAAGACAAAAUUACUUUAUGUAUAUUUUUGAAUCUAUUGCAUCAAAUUUCUUUGAAAGUAUUAAACCUCAAGAAGAUAUUGUUGAAGUUAAAAUUAAACCAUUCCCAAAUGAAAAAAUCAACAAUUUUAUCUUUGGUAUCGUCAACAAAAACGAUAUGGGUGCAACCAGAAAUGACAAUUAUUAUUUAUCUUUAACAAAGACUACUGAAAGUGCUUCUUUACCACAAGAAUUUGUCUUCAUGAGUGAAUCUACCGAAUUGAAUGAAAGAUUAUUUACUGAAGAAUUAAAAGAAGUUUUAAACAAAUCUGGUAAAAUCUUGAAAUACUUGGCCAUUUCUGAUUUACCAUCUGUUAGACCAGUUAGUGAAGAUGAAUUUAAAUCAUCUCCACAUUUGAUUUUGAAAUUAUCUUUAAAAACUGAUAAACAAUCUUUAGAAACCUCUAAAAACUUAAUUGAUCAAUUGAUUAAACUUACUGAUACCAUCAACAAAUUCCAAUUAAAACAUGAUUCAUUAAAGAAAAUCAAUGGUGUUAGAACUAAUGAAGUUAAUAAGAUUAAAAAAGCCAUCGAAGAACAAAAAGCUGAAGAUUUAAAAGAACAAAAAUUAGAAGAAGAAAGAGAAAACAGAAGAAAUUUAGCUAAGUUAUCACCAGAAGAACAAGAUAAAUUGGAAAAGAAACAAAGAGAAAAAAGAGAACGUAGAGCAAGAAACAGACAAAAACAAAGAAUGUAA